AUGGCUGAUAUAUCAAAAGAAGGACGUAUGCAAUUGGCACUUGAUGCCUAUAAGAAAGGCCUUUUUUUUUCAUCAAAAACCGCAGCUGCUAAAGCUUUUGACGUACCUCCAAGGACCUUUAUGACACGUGUCAAUGGGACUACUUCUCGCAAAGAUUCAACAGCAAAUUGUCGAAAACUGAUACUGAAGAAACUACGCUUUCAGCAUGGAUUCUUGAUAUGGACCGACGUGGCUUACCUCCACGAAUAUCAACAAAAGAACUUUGCUCCAAAUACAGCCGAAAGUAUGAUUAUCAACGGUGAAGAUCCAGAGCUUAUCAAGGGGUGGUUUCAACGGUUUCAUGAUACUAUUCAAAAGUAUGGGAUCGUAGAGCAAGAUAUCUACAACAUGGAUGAAACUGGCUUCCAAAUGGGUGUGAUAUCAACUGCCAAAGUUAUCUGCGGAUCAGAAACAAGAGAGAGUCAUGCAAAGAUUAUACAACCUGGGAAUCGUGAAUGGGUUACUGCAAUUGUAGCAGUAAAUGCAACUGGAUGGGCCUUACCUCUGCAGAUUAUUCUUGCCGCAAAGAACCAUCAAUCUCAAUGGUAUAAGGUUGUCCCAAAGGAUUACCGAAUCAGCGUUAGUGAGAAUGGCUGGACAAAUGAUGAAUUAGGCUUUGAAUGGCUUCAGGAGAUGUUUGAGAAACAUACAGCUUCUCAAACUAUUGGGAGAUAUCGCCUGUUGAUUCUGGAUGGUCACGGCAGUCAUGCUACAGCAGAAUUUGACAAGUUCUGUACAGAAAGGAAUAUUAUUCCUUUAUAUAUGCCACCACAUUCGUCCCAUCUGCUUCAACCACUUUUUAAUUUAUUUAUAGAGAUGGGAUGA